AUGAUUCUUCCAAAGAUCUAUAACCAGUAUUUCGUGGCUAUCAUCGCCACUAUUGGUGGAGCCCUAUUUGGGUUCGACAUCAGUUCUAUGAGUGCAACUAUUGGUACUCCUCAAUAUCUGGACUAUUUUAAUAGUCCAAGUCCAUCAACCCAAGGUGGAAUUAAUGCUUCGAUGCCUGGUGGAUCUUUGGUAGGCUCACUUGUAGCUGGUAUUGUUUGUGACAUGAUUGGUAGAAAGUAUACCAUUCAAUUUAGUUGUUUCCUGUGGAUUGUAGGUUCUACUAUUUCUUGUGCGUCUCAAAAUGUGGCCAUGUUAAUUGUCGGUAGAUUUAUUAAUGGACUAUGUGUUGGAGUUACCUCGUCUCAAAUCCCAGUAUAUCUAUCCGAGAUUUCAAGACACGAACGUCGUGGUCGCAUUGUUGUGAUCCAACAGCUAGCAAUCGAGUGGGGUAUUCUAAUCCUGUUUUUUAUUGGUUAUGGUUGUUCAUAUAUUCCAGGAACUGCUUCCUUCAGAAUUACCUGGGGAUUACAAAUGGUUCCUGGCUUUGUCUUGAUUUUCCUGAUGCCAAUGCUGCCAGAAUCGCCUCGUUAUCUUGCCUCGAAAGAUAGAUGGGACGAAUGUCAUGAAAUUCUUGCUCAGGUACAUGCCAAAGGAAACAAGGAUGAUACAGUCGUUCUCGCUGAAAUGAUGGAUAUCCGUACUAUUGUUGAGCUUGAACGAGAUGCCUCGUCCACUUAUUUGGCCCUUUUCAGUAAAAAGAAUUGGAGAAGAAGUAUGGUCGGAAUUAUGUCCCAAGUAUGGCAGCAAUUGGCAGGUGGUAAUGUGAUGCUUUACUUUGUUGUUUACGUUUUCCAAAUGGCUGGUCUGACUGGACAAAUUAAUUUGAUUGCCAGCUCGGUGCAAUAUGUCAUCAUGGUUAUUUUCACCACCCCAGUUAUGUUCUAUGUUGACAAAGUGGGUCGUAGACCGUUGUUAAUUAUUGGCGCAAUUGGAAUGGGUACUUUUGUUUUUGCUGUCGGUGGUAUUUUGGCUACAUAUGGAAAAUAUGCUGAUGAAGUUGGCGGUAAUGCUAACAUCCAUAUUACAUUAGAAGGACAAUUCGGUCCUUCAAGAGGAGUUCUAGUUUGUUCAUACUUGUUUGUACUGGGUAAGUGA